AUGGGCGAACAUCUGGAUAUAGUUUCAAUUGGAUCUUGUGUUUUAAUUUUGCUUCUUCAUGGUAAUGAUUUGUAUACACUUAAUCUCGGUGACCGUAGAGCAGUAUUGGCGACGUGCAGUGAGAAAGUCAAUGCGAUACGACUUACAGAUAGUCACACCGUUGAUAACGAAGCUGAAAGAUUACCUGAAAAAGUUUAUGGAAUAUGUCAUAAGAAAAAUCUGAAUGAUGCGUUGAUGGAAAUCCUUAGAGUUUGCAAUCUUUCAAGCCCACCAUAUAUUUCCUCUCAACCAUCACUGAAUGUCCAUAAAAUCUCAAAUUCUGAUCAAUUUGUUAUAGUAGGGAGUGAUGGUUUAUUUGACUUCUUCAGCAAUGAAGAAGCAGUGAAGCUUGUAGAGUCUUGUAUCUUGAACAAUCCUUUUGGUGAUCCUGCAAGGUUACAACAUGGAAGUAUUGAUGAAUGUUCCGGACAUGAGGAGAAGAAAGUACCAUGA